AUGAAAGCCUAUCUUGAGUCCUCGUUCAGACUUGCGUACCCAGUACUCUGUGAUGAGAACUCGGUUGAGGCACGGAUGAAGACAGCGUACGAGCCCCCAGACGGGCCAAACUACACAACAGCACAAAUCUCAGCCAAGGCGUGUGUGCUGAGCAUGCUGGCUCUGAAACCUCGUCUAGGCGCACCGCAUAUCUCCUCGCCUGACGAUGAAGACUUGUACGCGGCAAAAGCACACUCUCUCCUGCUGCAUAUCGCCGAUGAUGAGAGCCUUUCCACCCUAGAAGCUACAACCAUGCUCCAAAUACUUUGCAUUCUUCGCACAGACUGGCAUGGUGCAACAUUUUAUCAGUCAAAUGCGUGUCGUAUCAUCUUUGCGCUGAAAGGGCACAUUGAUUCACACCCUUCGACUAUGGAAAGUCUUGGCAUGCAAGGCCUCCUGGAUCACCAGAACAUAGAGUCGCUCUUUUGGAUUUCGUAUAUCCUCGACAAAAACAUCUCCCUGUUCACAGGUAAACCGCCGCUGCUUACUGAGGCGUACUGCGACUUAGUUCAGCCCUUCAAUUACAAUCCCUUUGGAGGGGAUGGCUCGAUGGUCUUCAAUCCGACAACCAAGAGCUUCAUAGAGCCCCGAGAACAUACAUGGAGAGCUCAUUUUCCUGGCGAGAUCAAGCUCGCCGUUGAGAAAGAAAAGGUCUACCAAAAACUGUUUUCGACGCAGGCGAUAAAGGCAAAAAACAACCAACUUCUGCAACACAUUCGAGAAAUGGAUCAGAACCUAGAGCGCUGGCGUCUUUCUUUCGAUGAGGAAUACCGCCCCGCACUGUUCGUCUCCGAUGACACUCUGCCAAAUGCGGACGACGAGGAUCCAUCGUCAGUGUCAUGCAUGAUUCGGAUUGUGGCUCUCCAUCUAGAAUAUCACCAUUUGAUGACGGUCAUUCAUACGACAGUGAGAAAGUGUACGCUUGUACCGAACGAAGGUGGCCCGGAUCUACACUCUGUCGUGCACUCGAGCUUCGACAUCUCUUUAGAAGCAAGCCGUUCGACAAUCAAAUGUUUGAAGUACUUGAUCGAAAGAAUCGGAGAAGAUGCCUUUCGCUUUGUCACAUUAUAUUCGCAGGUAGCGGCGUUGACACUCUUCCUCAACAUCAUCAUCCACCCUCUCGAUGCCCGAUCGCGCAAAGAUCUAGAGCUCCUCAUAUCGACCUCGAACAUGAUAAGCGACAUGCCCACGACUUCUCUGACAAAGGACGAGCUCUUGCAUGUGCGAGAGCUCAGCGAUUUCGUCAUGAGACUCGUCUGGCUGGGGUCUUGUGGUGUGACAAAGGCAAGCAGGGAGAUCGAUCAGACAGCCUAG